CUUUUAAGUCAACGCCUCCUCACUCGUUCCUUAUUAGUACUAGUUGCUAGUUGUUACAACUCUCUGCGAAAUUUUCAUUUACUUCUUUUCAACGUCACACUUUUUUUCAUCCACUAUUUCCUUAUCAGCGAUUUUUUAAAUCAGACAAAAAAAAAACGAAUAAUAUCUCUUGUAUAUAUUUGUUUCUCUUUUCUUAUAUUCGAUAUUUAAUACAAUUGGGUUACUAGAAAAAUCAUUUUCUCUUUGCACAUAAGUCAACUCUUCUCUCUCUCUCUCUCUCUCUUUAAUUACUUCUUCUUCUUACACCUUCUCUUUGGAUUUUUUUUUCUUCACAACAACAAAAUCAAUCUCAUAUUGAAUUUUCUCAAAUCGUCUAUAUAAUAUUGACUUUGAAACUCAAAAAAAUUCCUUUGAAAAAAAAAAACGUUUCUUUGAUGGGUAACGGAGUAACAAAACUGAGUAUGUGUUUCACAGGCGGAGGAGGAGGAGGAGGAGAACGUUACCGGCAAAAAAACAUCUCUGUUCUUCUUCCGGAUCCUUUAGACGAAGGUUUAGGUCACUCCUUCUGCUACGUACGACCCGAACCGACUCUAAUCUCAUCCUCAAAGGUCCAUUCAGAGGAGGAAGAUACAAUGACGACCAUGUUCCGUACAAUCUCCGGCGCUUCCGUAAGCGCCAACACAGCUACUCCUCUCUCAACUUCUCUAUACGAUCCGUACGGUCACAUAGACCGCGCCGCCGCAUUCGAGAGCACGACUUCGUUUUCUUCAAUCCCUCUUCAGCCGAUUCCUAAAAGCUCCGGUCCGAUCGUUUUGGGCUCGGGUCCGAUCGAAAGAGGGUUCCUUUCAGGUCCGAUCGAGAGAGGGUUCAUGUCGGGUCCUCUUGAUCGG